AUGGUUAUGAUCAUCUAAAGUUAUUCCUGAAAUUUGUAUCAGAACUCAAUGAUAUUCAGAAGAACAUAGUUCGGAAACUCGGUUUUGGUUCUCUACAAGAAAUUUGCUGCGAAUGCAACAUUGAUGACAUAUUCUUGUGGCUAGCUGCGCAGUUCAACACCAUCACAAGCGCAAUUGAACUCAACAAUGGAUUCAAAUUUAAGUUUACCCCAUUAGUAGUACAAACUAUUCUAGGGAUUCCUUGUGGUGGAUUACCAAUUCUAACAACACCAUCAACUGAAACUGCAGAAUUCAUACACAAUUUACUUGGUUCAUCAGCUCCCAGCACGGAGUAUCUACUAUCACUGAUGACUGAUGAUAUGGUAGAGGAAACAUUUUCCAUAAUUUUCUUGCUCCUAGCAGUUUCCUGCUUAAUAGGUCCUAAUCAAAGGGAUAUCCAAUGAAGAAAAUCUACAGCGUAUUGGGGAAUCUCAAAUCUAUACCCAAGUACAACUGGUGCUCAUUCGCACUUUCAUAUUUGACGCACCAGAUAAAAAAAUUCAAAACCAAUCUUCUUCAUAACAAGACUUAUCUGCCUGGAGGUUGUAAACUAAUCUUGGUGGAUUCCAAUAAACAUCAAACCAAGGUUACCUCUCUGGUCAACAAGCCUAUUCAAAUCAUUCAUUGCUCUCGAUACUAUGCACGGUGAACACAACCAGUUCGGUACACUUUCUAUGAAGCAUAUCUCAUCAACUCCUUUCAAUCAUACAACAAAUUGUACGGAUUUACAACUACCUGAAGUUAUUCUCCAGUACAUUGACAACAAAUACCCUUCUUUUCAUAAUGUGCAGGAGAAAACAGUUCUUGAAUCUAGCAGCCAAAAGUUUUGGGAAACUCUAGUUACAAACUCCAUUCCAACAGUUCAAGCAUAUAUUGAUGAUGUGAACUCUUUAUUUGCAAAUCUUGUGCACUCAAUGAAGGAGAAUUAUUCUGCAACUAGAAAGGAAUCAACAACUUCAAAAGUGAUAAUCUCUUGUCCUAGAAAAGAGUUCGCUCCCCCAAAGAUCGAAGACAAAUCUACUUUCGAUACAGGUUCAAAUGAUUUAAUCAAUUUCCCAAUCCCUAUUGUCUUGCCUCCAACAAACUCAUUGGACAUCACAACAACAGCUUUACUAGAAAAAUUGGCACAUUCUGUAGUAACUGAAGACUAUGCAAAUAUGGGUGUCCUUUUUUCAACAAACUUACCAAGCUUGAAAGAGCUUUUGAAGAUUGAGAAAAUUAGUAUACCAAAUACCAACGAAGAAACUAAUCCUAUGCAAGAGCUUGAAGAAUAUAUCAAAACUAAGCCAAACAAGAUAUAUUUACCAACAUCCAAUGAAAUUGCAUGGAGAAAUGAAAAUUUCAGCCUAUCUAAAUUCAGAUUCAUAGCCAGUGAUCUAAUCUACAGAGGGAAUAAUAUGUAUUGUCUGGAUGAUGAACCAUCUACAAUUGCUGCUGGGAUGAACCCAAAUUUGAUCGUUCCGCCAAAACCUCUUAACAAACUCCAUGACUACCCUUCUUGCUGCACCAAAACAGAUACAAUUCAUGCAGAUUAUCCUGAUGAAAUGACUACUUUCUGUCAAGCAAACCAGUCAGCAGCAGCUUCUUCUGUAUUAGUUCCAAACACAAACUGCCAUUAUCUUCCACGAAUUUGUAAUAGCAAGUCUCCUUUUAUAUAUAGCAACAGCCCACACAGAAGCUUUCAAAACCAAUGACCACAAGCAGGAAACAGGUUUGGAACACCUGUAGCAAAUCCUUUGAUGUUUCAGUUACUAGAAAAUUUCGAAGCUGAAUGUUAUCAGAGAGACAAGGCAGCUGCAGAACAAAGGAUUAUUGAAAAAUUCUCUUUAGCCUCAACUAUUUACAAGACAUAUCAAAUGCCUACAAAACAGUUAGUGCACUCAUCUCCUCUACAAGCUGAUUUUUACAAGAUGAUGAACUCGAUUCUCCCACACCUAGAUAUCAGUCAAAGGAUAUUCCAAAUCGAUGAUGUAUGGGUUGACCAGAAGACUUUGACUGUUUCAAUGAUGCCUGGUUGUUGGAUGAACCCGCACACCUUGGACUGCUACUCCAAAAGGUUGAACACAUACCAACUACAUAGAGGAAGACAAGGACUUCUACCAAGUGAUCAGUACAUUGCCCACGUAGUUGGCAGAGAAGACAUGGAUCUUCUUAUGAGACCUAUGCUAAAUCUUACAUAUCCAGCUUGUAGUGAUAUGUUGAGUGAAGCAACAGUGGGCUUCAGUUUGGAGAACGCAAAUUUUAUAAUUUCCAUUAUUUCUCUCUUAUAUAUGCACUUUCAUUUUUCUACUUCUGAUACUGAGUGCCAACUAUGUGCUUACUUUUUUCCCACACUUUUUCUUAACAUGUAAAAUAAUGCAUUGCAUUUUCCUUUUCCUUUCAUCAGGUCCAUCUACCAUGCUUUAAUGAUAAGCAGUGGAUUGUAAUAACAACAAACUUAACUACUGAGAGGUUCUUUAACAUAAUGAAUCCUGAUGGAUCUGGAAAUUCCAAAUUCACUACAAUUAUUAGCACAAUAACUUUCAACUUCAAGUAUCUUUUUGCCAAAACCUACCCCAACUGCACUUCUUUCAACAUAAAGGAUUUUGACUACCGUUUUGUACCAGUCCCACGGACUCAUUUCAGGUUGAACAUCAUAUUUCCUCUCUUAUGUGUUCCUUUCCUGUACUUGCUUUUCCCUCUUCUUCAAGUUAAU